AUGACAAAGUCUUGGUUUUCAGGGAAUGCAGUGCUAGAUUCAUUUGCAAGUAGGGCUCGCUCGCCAACUACAGACUCAUCCACGCCUGGACUUUCGGAGAAAGCGGUGGAUGCUGGUAAUAACCCUCGGCAAGAGCAAGACGAAGAGCGGCGAGCAGAAAAUGGGGAUGGAUUUCUUCUUGGCAAAGCUUUCAAAGCAACCGCAAAGAAACUACCGGGGGAGUGUCGUGAAAACGCUCUCAUAUUCGCAGCGCUCGCCGAUCGCCCGCAGAUAAUUGAAAUCCUGCUACACGAAGACCCCUGGCCACUCUUAUGGAGUGAAUCAGAUAUCAGCAGAGCGCAAAUAAUUACGUCUGUUAAUAUGAAAAAGCGUGAUCGUGAUGUUGAGCAUGGGCACUAGCAGGAGGUGCAGCAGCAGGGAGGACAGUAAGCAUAGCAUGAUGCUGUCUUUCACAGGACUAUACGCAGAUCGAGGUGAUCUUGGUCUUGGACAUGAUAAGAAUGAAAAUGUUGCCUUGGUGUUGUGGUGCUUGUGCACAAACAUCAACAACAUCAAGUAAUUACAAUUAGUACAGACCGCCAGAUAUUACCUAGAGAAUACAGAGGACGUUGUAAGUUUAUUUCGAAGCGAUUGUGCCUGUAAGUCAGCAUUGACAUUGAAACUGAUCCUGACAUGAAGAGAAUUUGUUUCAGUUUGUUUCAAUUUCAUCCUGUGGAAACAUUAUAUAUCUUCUUUGUGCUUUUGUGAUAUUAGAAGUUCGGUAGUGCUCAAGGUGAGCUCGCUUAUCGAAGCAUUUCCUUCUUAUACUUCCGAUUGAUUUCAAUUCCCUAGCACCAUCCAUUGGCCCAUUUAGUGCAGGUAUAAUGAGCGUCGCGAUCAUGAACGAUGUCUGUUUUUUCUCGGCAGUACAAAAUUUUUGCCUGCUGAGGAUUACACACUCGUACUGAUUUUUGGCAGAUGAACAAUAUGAAUCAAUAAGUUUCAGUAGAUUUCUUGCUGACUUGGACAGUCUCCGAAUCUGAUAGCUA